UUUAAGAAGAGUCUGGUGGGGUUGGGUAAGGUUCGUCGAACAGGAGCAAAAAGAAGUGGGCCAGAGAGUGUUCUCGCCCCAAAUAUAAGCCCCCAAACACCAACAAGAGAAAGGCCUCAAUUCCUUUCCCUUUGCCCUUUCUUCAAGCCAACCUCUUCUCUGCUUCUUCUUCAUCUCACUCUCUCUUCCCUCCUCGAUCCUUCUGCAGUCAUGAUUACAGUAAAUGUAAAAUGGCAAAAAGAGAUUUUCAAAGAAGUGGAAAUUGACACUACCCAGUCUCCUUACGUCUUUAAAUGCCAAUUGUACGAUUUGACUGGUGUGCCUCCUGAAAGACAAAAGAUUAUGGUCAAGGGUGGUCUUUUGAAGGAUGACGCUGAUUGGUCAACAUUAGGAGUGAAAGAGGGUCAAAAGCUAAUGAUGAUGGGUACAGCUGAUGAAAUAGUGAAGUCUCCAGAGAAGGGAACUGUUUUUGUUGAAGAUCUCCCUGAAGAAGAACAAGUAGUUGCUGUUGGACACACGGCUGGUCUUUUCAAUUUGGGAAAUACAUGUUAUAUGAACUCAACAUUGCAAUGCCUUCAUUCUGUGCCUGAGUUAAAGUCAUCUUUGAUUAAGUACUCACAUUCAGAACGAAACAAUGACGUGGAUCCAUCUUCUCAUAUGUUGACCAUUGCAACCCGUGACUUAUUCAAUGAGCUUGAUAAAAGUGUCAAGCCUGUGGCGCCAAUGCAAUUUUGGAUGGUAUUGCGGAAAAAAUAUCCUCAAUUUGGUCAGCUGCAUAAUGGAGUGUUCAUGCAACAGGAUGCUGAAGAAUGUUGGACACAACUUCUAUACACACUCUCUCAGUCCCUCAGAUCCCCUGGAUCUAGUGAAAAUCUUGAUGCUGUGAAGGCCAUCUUUGGCAUAGAACUUAUUAGCAGGAUUCAUUGUCAAGAGAGUAAUGAAGAAAGCUCGGAAUCAGAGUCUGUUUAUUCACUUAAAUGCCACAUAUCGCAGGAGGUGAACCAUUUACAUGAAGGGAUUAAACAUGGUUUAAAAUCUGAGUUAGAAAAGGCUUCACCUGCUUUGGGCCGUAGUGCUACAUACUUGAAGGAAUCACGCAUUAAUUCCCUGCCAAGGUACUUGACUGUUCAGUUUGUCCGUUUCUUUUGGAAGAGGGAAUCCAACCAGAAAGCUAAGAUUUUACGGAAAGUGGAUUAUCCUCUGGAGUUGGAUGUUUAUGAUUUUUGUUCAGAUGAUCUUCGUAAAAAACUGGAUGCUCCUAGACAGAUCCUAAGAAACGAGGAAGGCAAAAAGCUUGGUCUGAAAGUGAAUGAUACAAGUUCUGCUCAGAAGGAAAAUGAUGUGAAAAUGGCCGACGCUGAGGGAUCAUCGAACGUUGAUGGGGAGCCAUCUGUAGUUCCCAUGGACGAGGGUGAAAAGGAAACACAGAUGACUGGAAUUUAUGAUUUGGUUGCUGUGUUGACCCACAAGGGUAGAAGUGCUGAUUCAGGACAUUAUGUUGGUUGGGUCAAGCAAGAGAAUGGGAAAUGGAUUGAGUUUGACGAUGACAAUCCCAAACCAAGAGUGGAAGACGACAUCACUAGACUCUCUGGAGGAGGUGAUUGGCAUAUGGCGUAUAUAAUCAUGUACAAGGCUCGUGUUGUAUCUGUGUAAUUGCUAGGAAGAGCAGAUUGAUGAUUUACCUCGGAGAUUGAUGGAUUGCGAGUGAGAAAUGGUGGUUGUUAGUCAGUGUUUGUUUUAGGUAUUGUAUUUUUUAAAGGAUGUAUAAGGAUUUGAGUUAAAGCAUGGUAUGGUGCCAUGGAUCCCAGAGGCAGUUGAGUUGAAUAUGAAGUAGCAGCUGUUGUUUUACGCUGAAGCCAAGUAUAUUUCUUUGAAAAGCGAGAUCAA